AUGACCAUUAAUACAGAUGCUGACUCCUGGAGGGCAGGCUGUUACCUUCCAGAGAAAGACUUCUCCGACUCAGGAGGAUGGAUCCAGCGAGGUCCACCACACAGCACCUCCACAAAAGUCCCUGUCAUCCAAAGCCUACACCUGGACGUCAACCACUUCGCCCCCGAGGAGCUGACGGUCAAGACAAAGGAUGGCGUGGUGGAGAUCACCGGUAAGCACGAGGAGCGGCAGGAUGAGCAUGGAUUCAUCUCCCGCUGCUUCACCAGGAAAUACACGCUGCCCCCUGGUGUGGACCCCACCCAGGUCUCCUCCUCCCUGUCCCCUGAGGGUACGCUGACCGUGGAGGCCCCCAUGCCCAAGCCAGCCACGCAGUCCAACGAGAUCACCAUCCCCGUCACCUUCGAGUUGCGGGCCCAGCUUGGGGGCCCAGAAGCUGCGAAAUCCGACCAGUCUGCAGCCAAGUAAAAGCCUUAGCCCGAAUGCCCACCGGUGCCGCAGCCACUGGCCAUGCCCCUCCCCCAACCUGUGUUCUUUUGAUACGUUUGUCUUCUGUUUUUCUCAAAUAAAGUUCGAAGCAACCC